AUGCCACUGCCGGGCGUAGAUGUUGGCGAGGUUGGCAAGAAACUGGCCAUGGCCGUUGUCAAUCAGGGCUUUCUUGGCCUGAAGAACGUUCGCAUUCCACGCACCAACAAGCUGAUAAAGUAUGCCAAAGUGGAUCGUGAUGGCAUAUUCACCGCCAGUCCAGCCUCGAGGGUCAACUAUCUGACCAUGGUCUACACACGUUGCCUGAUUGUCAAUUUGAAUUCGGCGUUGCUGCUGCAGGCAGCCACAAUUGCCACACGCUACUCCGCCGUGCGUCGCCAGAGUCCCAUUGAACCCAAGUCCUCUGCACCACUGAUGGCUGAUGGCAUUGAACAACUGCGUCUCUCCACUGGCGGCCAUGGCAAUCACAUUGUCGCCAAUCUGAGCAACAUCUAUGGCAAUGCAGUAGCCGCCUACACCUACGAGAGUGAGAAUUCGGUUCUUCUGCUCCAGAUUGGACGCGCCCUGGUCAAAGCCUGGGCCAGCUACAAGCAAGCUGAAACGCUCUCCUCUUCGUAUGCCUAUUUUGAGACUUCGAUGCGCCUCAAGGAGUUCCCCAAGUGGGACAACUCCUGGCAGUGCAUUGUCAGGGCGUUGCAGUACACGGCUGCCCACAAGACCCGCAUUGCCUUUGAGAAUUUGUCGCAGCUCAUUGCUGCUGGCCAGUCCCAAGCUGUGGCAGCCAACAACACGGGCAUUGAGCUAACGCGGGACGCCGAGGUAAGUUCCAGUUGCAAUUACUGCCUUCUGUAGAAAGGGUAU